CCCACAUCCUCUCUCCCCUCCAACACAACACUUCAUCUUUCAUUCUCUGCUUCUUCAACUUCACUUCAUCUUCCUCGCAAAGCAUAAACCCCCUCUCCCUUCACAAUGACGCGCUCACGCGCCAAUGAAUUCCCCCUGCUCAAGCAGUUCGGCUUGAAGGCCUGCCAGAUCCGUGGUGAUGGCAAUUGCUUGUUCAAUGCCUUGUCCGACCAGAUCUUCGGCUCCCAGGCCAAGCAUUCUGAGAUCCGCGGCAGCGUCAUCCAGUACAUGCGCGAGAACCCCGAAAAGUUCAAGCCCUUUAUCUGCGUCAGCGGAACCCAACGACGUAACCCCAAGAGAAAGAACGCCGGCGCGUUGUCGUCGUCCUUCUCAUUCACUGCUGCAACUGAGAGCGAGACCGAUGCUGCAUACGAAGCCCAUCUCAAGUCAAUGGCCCAAGGUGGCACAUACGGAGACAACCUGGAGAUCAUAGCCUUCUCUCAGGCAUAUAACACCGACGUGAAGAUCUACCGCAGCGCCUACUCCUACUACAUUAGAGCGGCCGAGGAUGGCAUCCAGAGACCGGUCGCACAUAUUGCAUACCAUGAUUGGGAGCAUUACUCCUCGGUCCGAAAUAUCAAUGGUCCAUUUACAGGCCUUCCUCAUGUUCAGGUCACAGAACCAUCCUCUGCAGACAACGCAAAGGUUACGGAUUCACUUCCAAAGAACCAAGUCAUUCACGACUGGAUGAUCAAGGCUGUCACAACCUCCCUUCCUCAUCUUAUCGACCAAGCCACAAUUAGAAAGACCCUUGAAGAAUGCAAGGGCAAUGUCGACGACGCUGUUAGCAAGUUGUUAGACUCCGAUUAUCUUAGUAGCCAACCAAGCAGCCCGGGCGCUCUGUCGUCCCCCGGCAGCUCCAGUGUUGAGCGCGAGCCAGACAGCGAUGAUGAUGAGAUCUAUGGUCCAAACAAGAGACAAAACCGUCGCAUUAUCAAGGCCAAGGCCAUACGCAAAGAGAAGGCACGUAGUGCAAAGCAAGAAGAAGAUGAAUUGAGCGCCAUCCCCACCACCAUUGCCUCCAUCGAACUCUCUCAGUCAGAUGCCCAAGUCGCGUCCGAGAUUCCUGCUCAGCACCGUGGCACCAACACCAAAUCGAAUACUCGCAAGGCCAAGAAGGGCGAUGAUGAUGACGAGUUUGUACCAUCUGAUGAUGACAUCCGAUCUUACCAACAAGACGAUGCCGUCUCUAAAUCUACUGGCAGCAGCCGCAACACCUCCGUUUCUCUCAGCUCCACCGCUCCCAGCUCCAUCACUCCCAACUCCGCUACCCCCAGCUCCACUACUUCACACCCUCAACCAAAGAUCAUCCUUCGCACCAAAAGCGUGCAGAAGCAAGCCGGACCUCAGACUCAGACGAAACGCCUUCCUGCUCGUGAGCGCAAGGAACUGAAGAAGGCCGCUCAAAAGCAGGCUCGCAAGGAGACCAAGCGCACCACGGCUAAGAAAGCUUCCCCCAAACCCCAAACCUCGACCGCCAAGGUCGUUAAACGCAGCUCACCACCCAUGGAGCAAGUUAUGACCACUCUGUACAUUUGAACUUCACACGAUCGCAUAUCACGACUGUUUAAUACCCGCAUGUCACACCCACCGAUGGGGCGAUUCAUGACC